AUGCAUUGGACUCGACAAGCUUAUUUGACUAUGAUACCCGCUUAUCCGAUGGGUUAUCUUCUCAUAAACGGUUUCCGUGGUGAUCAGCCCUGGACUAAGCUCUAUGUAGAAAGAAGUAACGUUGAAGCUAACAGUUUGCUCAAAGAUUUGGUAGAAAGUGAACUAGAUCACGUCCACACGUCAAAAGCUGUGAAGACUCUAGUUACAAUCACUGAUGAGUUAGAACCCAAAGUUUACGGAGCUUUGUUUCUCAAUCCAGGAGCCGAGCUUCAGUUUCCAUUGAGGGUAUCUUUCGAAGAUGUUGAGCAAGCUAGACGUUUAUCCGCUAAUAUAGAGUUAGAUUUAGGACUUCAAAAAUAUCGAAAGAAGAUUGAAACCAGAACACAGAUCGGCGAUGAACUGAUCUCCAGAAUGAUGCUCUCUGAUGUGGCUAAGAAGUUUAUAAUCCAGAGGCAACUUCAAAUUGCGAACAGUGGCCAAUUCUUUUGCAUGCCUAUCCUUUCUUGGGUGGGGAUCACAACAGCUUGUUACGGAAUUGUAUUAGGAGUAUCAGGUGUAGCAGGCCCUAUAGUAGGGAUGAUCAGUGGAUUAGGAGUUUCAGUUUUGAGUUUUUAUCAAUUUAUCAAAGGCUAUAACGGGUAUAUCACGAAGAAAGCGGAUGAGAUGACCAUUGACUUAGGAGAGGAAUAUGAAAAAGGUGCUCAAGAUUACCUAACUUCGACAAUGAAAUAUACUCGUUUACUACGUCGUGUUCUUGGUGAAGAAGGAGAGAGAAACAUAUCUACUGGAGGAGACAUCAGAUUUGAGAAUCCUACAUAUUCCGAAAGGCUGCGCAAUAUAGAUCUUCAUAUAAGGCAACGAAAGUUGAAGAAUUAG